CGCUGAGUAGCGGGCGGAGCUCGGGCGUGGGUCCGGGGGCCGCGGGUUCGAGACCGCGCUCCCCUCCCCGCGCCGCCGCCCGCUCGCCAUGGCCAGGCGGAGCGCGCUCUCCAUCCGCAUCGUGGAGGGCAGGGACCUGCCCGCCAAGGACAUCACGGGGAGCAGUGACCCAUACUGCAUCGUGAAGAUCGACGAUGAGGCCAUCAUCAGGACUGCCACAGUGUGGAAGACGCUAUCACCGUUCUGGGGUGAGGAGUACGAGGUGUACCUCCAGCCUUCCUUCCACAGCAUCUCCAUCUACGUCAUGGAUGAGGAUGCGCUCAGCCGUGACGAUGUUAUCGGGAAGGUCUGCAUCACCCGGGACAUGCUGGCACAGCACCCCAAAGGCUACAGCGGUUGGAUGAGCCUCAGGGAGGUGGACCCCGACGAGGAGGUGCAGGGGGAGAUCCACCUGCGAGUGGAGGUCCUGGGGAGCCCGGGUGGCCGGCAGCGGCUGCGCUGCGCUGUGCUGGAGGCCAGGGAUUUGGCCAGGAAGGACCGGAAUGGAGCCUCUGACCCCUUUGUCCGCUUGCGCUACAACGGAAAGGUGCAGGAGAGCACCGUGGUCAAGAAAUCCUGCUACCCCCGCUGGAAUGAGACCUUUGAGUUUGAGCUGGCCGAGCCCGCCGGGGAGCAGCUCUGCGUGGAGGUGUGGGACUGGGACCUGGUCGGCAGGAACGAUUUCCUGGGCAAGGUGGUGUUCAGCGUCCAGGGGCUGGUGGCGGCCGGGCAGGAGGAGGGCUGGUUCAGACUGCGGCCGGACACAUCCAAGCCAAGGGAGGAUGGGCGCCGAGGCAGCCUGGGCUCGCUGCAGCUGCAGGUGAGGCUGCGGGAUGAGACCGUGCUGCCCUCCCACUGCUACCAGCCCCUGGUCCAGCUCCUGUGCCAAGAGGUGAAGUCGGGGCGCCAGGAUGGCCAAGUGCACUUCAUCACCCUCCUGGAUGAAACCACCACGGCCGAGUGCCGGCAGGAGGUCGCCAUCAGUUUGGUCAAACUCUUCCUGGGCCAAGGGUUGGUCAAGGAGUACCUGGACCUGCUCUUUGAGCUGGAGCUGGCCAAGCCCUGUGAGCCCAACACUUUGUUCCGGAGCAACUCCUUGGCCUCGAAGUCGAUGGAGUCCUUCCUCAAGGUGACAGGGAUGCCAUACUUGCACGCCGUCCUGGGCCCCACCAUCACUCGCGUGUUCGAGGAGAAGAAGCACGUGGAGCUAGACCCCGGCAAGGUGGAGACCAAAGACGUCGGGUGCUCGGCACUGCACCGGGUGCAGACGGAGGGCGAGGUGAUCGAGCAGGGCCGCCAGCACCUCCAGUCCUACCUGGAUGAGCUGCUGGACACAAUCGCCAAGUCAGUCCCGGCGUGUCCCCCCAUCAUCCGCGCCGCUUUCCGGCAGCUCUUCCAGCGUGUCGCAGAGCGCUUCCCUCAGCACCAGCACGCCAGGUUCGUGGCCGUCACCAGCUUCCUCUGCCUCCGGUUCUUCUCACCGGCCAUCAUGACCCCCAAGCUCUUCCACCUGCGGGAGACGCACGCCGACGCACGCACCAGCCGCACGCUGCUGCUCCUGGCCAAGGCCAUCCAGCUGGUGGGCAACAUGGAGCCGGCGGCGGGGCGCACCAAGGAGGCCUGGCUGGCCCCGCUGCUGCCCGCCCUGCAGCACGGCAUCGCCUGCAUGAAGGACUUCAUCACCCGGCUGGUGGGGACGGAGGAGGAGGAGGAGGAAGAGGAAGGCGAGGGGCGGCUGUUGGGCUCCCCCAGCACGGUGGUGAAGGAGGGGAUGCUCUUCGUCCACAAGAUGCGAGGCAAGGGGACGCAGCUCGCCGGCGCUGCUGCCAAGAAGCUGCACUUCUGCCUCACCGGAGAGGCCCUCAGCUUCGGCAAGAGCCCCGGCGCCGAGCCCAGUGGCUCCAUCGCCCUGGCCAACAUCCUGGCUGCCGAGAAGGUGGAGGAGAAGAGCUUUGGCAGUGCCCACGUCAUGCAGGUGGUGUAUGUGGGUGCGGAUGAGCAGCAGGAGACGGCUUAUCUCCAGUGCAAGUGCGUCAACGAGCUGAACCAGUGGCUGUCGGCACUGCGCAAGGGCUGCGUCAACAACCCCCGCGUGCUCUGCUCCUACCACCCCGGCGUCUUCCGUGGGGACAAGUGGAGCUGCUGCCACCAGCGGGAGAGGACAGACAUGGGCUGUGACCGGACACGGCACGGCGUAACGCUGCGGGGCUGGAGCGACCCGCUGGACCCCACGGCUGAGGCGCAGCGCCUCUUCCAGCACCUGCAGGGGCUGCGAGGGGCCCUCAGGGAAAAGUACUGGGAGCUGCUGGAACCCGAGAGCACCCAGAGCAGCCCCCUCGGCCAAGGCGCAGCCCCUGUCCCCCCCGGCCCCUGCCCUGCUGCAGCCCUGAGGGGACUCGACCCCCACUUUGGGGACCGCCGACCUUCCCCCGGCGGACCCCGACCUCGAGACACCAGCAAUAAAGGCAACGUGCACCCACAGCCCUGCCUGGCCCUCUGUGGUGGGGACGCGACCGGGCACGGGUGGCGCUGGGAGGGCAGCACUAGUGGGGGACAGGCCAGGGCAUGGGUGGCUCUGCUGCUGGCAGCACUGGUGCUGCUGCUGGUGGCACUGGUGGCAGUGGUGGCAUCACUGAUGGCCCUUUUGGUGCCACUUCUCGUGGUGGUGGUGUCACGGAUCAUUCUUGCUGGUGGCCUGGUGAAAGCACUGCUGGUGGCACUACUGCUGACAUCACUGGUGGCCCUGCUGGUGGCACCAGUAGGGCUCCGGUGGAACCACCAGUGGUUUUACCGCUAACCCCACCAGUGGUGGCACACGAUGUAGCUGGUGCCACUUCUCCUGGUGCCAUCCCUACUGGUCCCACUGCUACUGGUGCCAUCCCUGCUGGUCUCAAUGGUGCCAUCACUGCUGGUCCUACUGGUGCCACUGUUGCUGUUGCCACCUGUACUGGUCCC